AUGUCUUCUACAGAGAUUCGUAUCAAGCCACUUGGCUGGCAAGAUGCCCCAGCCAGUGAGCGUUUCGAGCUUUCCGACAUGGACCACACCAUGCCCAAGAUCUAUGUCCAGAUUGCCGAGAUUUUUGAGCUUCCUGAAGGCUCCGAUAAGCAAGUCAUCAUCGACAGUGUGUCCAAGGGGCUUGAGUUCGCCCUCAGCCAGUUUCCUGCCCUCGCGGGAACAAUCCACAUGGAUGAAACGAAUGGUCGCAUGUGGGUGACAAAAAAGAAGGAUAGCAGUGUUGGGCUCUACGUCAAGACCGCAGAUGACGAUGUCAGCGACCUCCCGUCAUUUGACUACCUCAACCAGCACGACUUCCCGGUCCAUAUCUUGGACGGCCACCGCCUCUUGCCCAAAGUCGUCACGGAGAAGCAGCUCUUCUCCCCCUUGGGCCACAAUGCAGACGAUCAGACCAUCACAUCAACCUUUCAAAUCAACUUCAUUCGUGGCGGCGUCAUAUUGGCAGCUGCAAUUCAUCACAACUGUUCGGACGGAACUGGCUGCAACGGUUUCUUGUCGACGUGGGCUCAGAGCUCAGCAGCUGCAAGAAACGGCGCGCCAUUCAAGCCGAUUGACAAGGAGAGCUUGAACAGAGAAAGACUGAGCGCAGCAAAACCUGACUCAGCAAGGUGGGAGACACUGGACGGAAAGUACCCCAUCUUGAAGGACCUCGGCGGGCCGCCGCCACCGCCGCCGGCCGACUUUAAGAUGCCACCCCUGAAGAUCCGACUCUGGCACAUUCCCAAGAGCAGCGCCUCGCGUCUCAAGCAGGACAUUGGCUCAGAGUUGGGCGAUGCUUGGAUAUCGACCUACGAUGCCAUCAUUGCCCUUCUGUGGAAGUCGGUCACACGAUCCAAGAUCCCCCUCCUCAAACCCGACCUGGAAGACGAGGUGAUUUUGGCGUACGGCAUGAACGUCCGAUCGCGAAUGGAGCCACCGCUCGCCGACUGCUACCUGGGCAACGUGGUCGCGCUGCCCUCGACGGAGCCGCGACCCAUAAAGGCCAUCCUCGCCGACGGCAGCCUCUCGGAGAUGGCGCUCGCGGUCCGCCAGGCCACGCAGUCCAUCGACCACAAUUACGUGGCCGGCGUGACCGAGUGGGUCGCGGGCCUCGAGGACCGCCGCUGGAUCACCAUCAACAUGCGCUCGUUCCUGGGCAUGGACCUGGCCGCGACCAGCUGGCAGGCCAUGACGCCGUACCAGGACCACGACUUUGGCUUUGGUCUGCCUCGCGCGCUGCGCUGGCCGCACCCCCAGUUUGAGGGCUACGUCUUUAUCCUCCCGAGCCGCGCCAACGUCAAGGUCGACGGCGACGCGAGCGAUGAGGGUCUAGAGGCGAUUGUUUGUUUGGAGGAGUCGUGUCACGAUCGCCUGCUGCAGGAUGAGGAGCUGCUUCGUUAUGCACAGCCCCGUGGUCAUGAAGCGUAG